GCCCUGCCCCGGGGCCUGCGCCCGCACCCGCUCCCGGGGCUCCGCUGGCGACACCUAGUUAUCACUGCUCAAAGCCCCGCUUUCGCCCCUCGGUCCGCUGUCGGUGCUGCCUUCAAAACGUUGCUCUGUUUAAUGCCCGCCGUGUCCUCUCGUCUCGUUGCGAGCUGCCCUGUUUGACUGCUGUUUUGCAAGUCAUGUGCUCUUCGAAGAUUUUCCAUCCAGCCUGCCCAGCAAAAGAAGAUUCCAAACCGGUAUUUGGGCCAGCCCAGCCCUUUCACACACCCACAUCUGCUCAAACCAGGAGAGGUAACCCCAGGAUUGUCACAGGUGGAAUAUGCUCUUCGCCGGCACAAACUGAUGGUGUUGAUCCAGAAGGAAGCCCAUGGCUGGGAUGGAUUGGACCACACAGUGAUUCUGCUAUCUAACCCCACGUAUUACAUGAGCAAUGACAUUCCCUACAUUUUCCACCAGGACACUAACUUCCUGUACCUCUGUGGGUUUCAGGAGCCUGACAGCAUCCUGGUGCUGCAGAGCGUUCCUGGCAAAGCGCUGCCAUCCCACAAAUCCAUACUUUUUGUGCCCCGGAGAGAUCCAAAGCGAGAGUUAUGGGACGGGCCCAGAUCAGGCCCAGAUGGGGCCAUUGCUCUCACAGGAGUAGAUGAAGCUUAUACCAUCGAUGAGUUCAGGCACUUGGUGGCCAAGCUGAAAGGUGAGUCAAACGUUGUUUGGUAUGACUUGACAAAACCAGUGCAUACAGAGCUGCACUCUGACUACAUGCAGCCACUGGCUGAGAUGAAAGCUCGGAGCAAAAACCGCAUCCAAGGCAUCCGACAUUUAGUGCAAAACCUUCGACUGAUCAAAUCCCCGGCAGAGAUUGAAAGGAUGAAGAUAGCUGGACGGGUGACAGCAGAGGCUUUCACAGAGACAAUGUUUGCCAGCAAAUCCCCAGUGGAUGAAGCCUUUCUAUAUGCAAAGUUUGAGUUCGAGUGCCGGGCUCGUGGUGCUGACAUCUUGGCAUACCCCCCUGUUGUUGCAGGUGGCAACAGAUCAAACACUUUGCACUAUGUGAAGAACAAUCAGCUCAUCAAGGAUGGUGAACUGGUCUUGCUAGAUGGUGGAUGUGAAUUGUCCUGCUAUGUGAGUGACAUCACACGGACCUGGCCUGUCAAUGGAAGGUUCACCAAACCCCAAGCAGAACUAUACCAGGCUGUCCUGGAUAUCCAGAAGUCCUGCUUGAGCCUCUGCUCUCCAGGCAUGAGUCUGGAAAAUAUUUACAGCCUCAUGCUGAGCCUUAUUGGACAGAAACUGAAAGAGUUGGGUGUCCUAGAGAGCAGCAUCACUGACAGCCAUUUCUUCAAGGCUGUCCGAAAGUACUGCCCACAUCAUGUGGGCCAUUACUUGGGCAUGGAUGUUCACGAUACCCCAGAUAUAUCCCGGUCACUCCCGUUCCAGCCAGGCAUGGUGAUAACCAUUGAACCAGGCAUUUAUAUCCCUGAGGAUGACAUGAGUGCUCCAGAGAGGUUUCGUGGCAUUGGUGUGCGCAUUGAGGACGAUGUUGUGAUAACAGAGGAGGCACCUCUUGUCUUGUCUGCUGACUGUCCCAAGGAGAUCUACCACAUCGAGCAGAUCUGUGGCCGCAGCUCAUGAUGCCCCUUCUCUGCCUCUUUCAUCCUCCUCAGGAUAUGCAGCCCUCCAGGGAUGCAGGUCCCUGUAACUGGCUGUAGUUGUCAAGUGAUGGAGGGCAUUGACAGUUGAUGGCUGUUUCCAGGACUGGGGCGGGACAGUGGAGUGUAAAAGGCAUGGGUACUGAGGGAUGAAAAAGCAAAGCAACCUUUUCUGUAUGCAUUUUUCUUCUGAUUUGUGCUGAUGUUGAGCUGUUAUAGGACAUGGGGGUGGAUUCAUCCCUCUGCUGUGUGGAUCCAUGUGUUCUGGUCCUGCUGGGGGUUUGAAUUUUUUCAGUGCCAGCAGCAGGGCUUCUGCUUGGUCCCUCUCCAGAUGCAUAGGUACAAUUGCUGAGACCAGGGCCCCGUUUUUUCCCAUUCAGCAGUAGUUCACAACAGUCAGAUUCUAAAAAUAAAGCUUUGAUAAAUGCUGUUUUGGGAUAAUAAAGUGUCAGACAGAUUUGAUUUUUAUAGAGCCGUGUAAGGAGGGGGUUUGGUAAUCAGGAAGAUGGGUUUGGUGGAGAGGUGGUUUUCUCUGAAGCCUGUGGAGAAUGCUUUUGGUAUUUUAAGGAUAAGAAUGUGUUUGGGCCUUGUUCGGGCAUAUGCAAAAGAGGCCUGCAGUAGGGAAAAACACCUUGUCUGGUCUUUCAGCUUAUUGGAGUGUUUGAUAAUUUCAGAAAGGCUGAAUGCUCAGGCAUUUGGACAUACCCGUUCUUACUGUCUUCCACAUUCCCUUCUUUCUGUCCCAAAGGUCCAUUCCUUUCUUCUAUUCUGAGUCCCUGUCUACCCUAGGAAGCAGGGCUGUGUUGGCUGUGCUGGACUCCACUGGUGAGCUGCUGGCUGUCACCUAGAUGUGAGGUGUCCAGUUCUGGGACAGUCACAGCACCUUUCUGGUUUAUGCUUACUGUAUGCUGAAAGUGCCAGCAGCUUCAGCAGUGUGUUUUUGAAGAGUAUGUCCUAUGGUGUCAAGUCUUUACACAGCUUUUAUGUGGAAUUUAAUGGAAUUUAAAGUAAUUCUCCUUUUCAGAACUCUGAGGGCAUGAUCACAAUUGCCUUUUGGGUUUUGCCAAGUGCUCUGUGAUAAUACUUUUGAGGCAGCUGCUAAUAUGAUUAGGGGCUGGGCUAGAUAAGGAGUAAAGAGGAGAGUUGUCUACCCUCAAUAUCAUCACCCAGUAUUACCACCCAGGCUAUUGUUUGCCUCUAGUAAAUACAUCUACUAGAGGCAAACACGGCAUCUGUGUAUUUACUGAAAAUAUUUUGACAAUCAACUAUUUAACAUGUCUGAAAAAUGCUUCUCAUCAGUGCAUCUCCUGUUAUUUAUGCUUGCUGCUGCAUCAUCUUACUUCCUUUCUGAUGGUAGCUUUCAGUGCUUUUCAUCUGUUAUUCUAAAUUUCCUUUUUCUCUUCUUUUCCUAGAUUGUCUGUUUUUGACCCCCUAGAGUGUCACUGCUUCCUAAUCCAUUUUACUUUCUUAUCAACGUUGCUACCUCUUCCCCAGUUUGCCCUAAUUCCCCAUAGUGAAUGUAGCCAGAAGCAUGUGGGGAAGGUGGUCAGGGUUCUGGAGUUUGAUCUCUGGCUCUGAUGCUGUGUGAUCUCUAGUGAAAUCUGUGUGCUGUUUUGGGGUUUGUUGUUGGUUUUUUUCGUUCUUUCCUGUGUUUCAUUUCACUUGGUGAAGGCCAAAUGGACAGUGUCUUGCAUCUCUCAUUGCAAUUUGAUGGGAGCUGGAUGCCCACACGGGUUUGAAUUUUGGCACCUGAAAGGCAGCCAAGACAUGCCAUAAUUGUAUUUUCUAAACAUGACAAAAAGAAAUGCUUUUACGGGGUUUAGUGUAUCAAGUUUCACCUAGUUAAGAGGAUCUGCUAAUCUCUGAUGGUAGCAUUUGCUAAAUAUUCAGGUGUUGCAGUGAUAGGUACAGUGUAAAUUGUUAGAAGGAAGGCUUGCUAAGUGUGGACACAGACCUGAUGAAUACUUUUGAUGAAUACUUUCUGAUCUGUAACAUAUUUGUUGUUCCAAUUACACCUGUUAGAGCCAUAUCAACUGGGCCAAAUAGUGGGGAUUUUGGAACUAUGUAAACAGCUUAAAAUAAAUUAAUCUGAGAGCUACAUGUGUGUGCUGGUCUGCACAUCUGCCCAUAUACCUAACAGAGUUAAUAAUUGUACUUACUGUAAAUAAGCCUUUUAAGUACAUAUUUGAAAAGGUUAUUUUUAAAAUAAAUUUGUAGAGAGUCAUUUCUCAGACCAUCAAGUUGCAUGGCUGUUGAAUAGAUAUAAGCACCUCCAGAAAAAGCAUUAUUUUUCAGGGAGAUUUAUAAAUUACCUGUAUCUUGUCUUGGACUUGAAAUAACAUUGCCAAAUGUAGGCACACACAGAUUCCUACUCCUCUCAGGAAAACCCUGCAACUUGUGAACACCAGUAGAUGAAUGCUGUAGAUGAAUGUUUCUGUCAGUAAAGAAGCGUUUGUGGCUCUGCUGAGCGGGGAGUAAUGGAUCUGCUAUGGCUGCUGUGCCUCACUGUGCUGUGACUGAUUUAGGCCAUGCAUAUUCUGUAAUUCUUCCUUUGGUAUCAUGGUCUGUAAUUCUUCCACUGUGUUCAGCUGUUUCUUCAGCAUAAACCUCUGCUGUUCUGAAUCUAUUGUUCCACGUAAAGAGUGCAUUUUGCACAAGGUAAUAAAUCUACAUCCUAUGAGCCUAAGUUUUUGAAGGCCUUUUCUUACUUGUUGCAGAGAUGAAUAAUCUGGGACUUACACACAUGCUGCAGUGUCCCUUGAAAACAACAAAGCCUUCAACAUUUUAGAUGACCUUCAUCAAGAAACUCUAAAGAACCCCUUCUCUAGCUGCAGACAAGGCACAUACCUGUGGUGUAUCUCCCCUGUUGCUGAUUCCAUUCUGCCAGACUUACUGUCUGCCUCUGCCACAGAAGAGAUUCCUCAGUCCAACCACUUGGGUGCAGGAGCAGCUCUCAGUGGCGGCACAAGUCGACAGCUGCCUGAAGAGGGUGUUGGUGGGAUCACUGGGAGCGAAAGAGAAAUUGAGGUCUGCACAAGUUCACUUGGGGACAGAUUUUGUUUCAACUACGGCACAAGUCUUAAGGGCAUCAGAGUAUGAGAGAAAAUGAGAGCCAGCCAUCCCUAUGGAGAAGCUGCUUUGCUUCCAGAGGAAGCCUGAGAGACUUCUGGCUUUCCUGUUUCACCACUUACCAGGGGACUGCUUUGCCCUGCAGAGAACUGGUGAAGUCCUGUUGUUAAAAUACAAUCUGAGCAGAGGUACCAAUUCGCAGAUAUGCUUCUGUCCUAAGAGUGGAAAUAAAUUUGGCAUUUAACACAA